GGCUGAAUUAUUUUCCCGCGAAAUUCCUUUUCACCUCACUUCCCCCGAACCUCCGACUGAAGCUGGUUGUUAGUGAAACUACAGGGUCAGUCCAGAUUGCCUCCCGAACCGAGCAGAAGGACGGUUUUUAUCUCUCCGCUCCGGUUCCGAGCCGCCAGCUGAACCGAGAGGAUGAAGUAUUUCACCAGGCUGCGAGUGAAACGGAUCUAUGAAUGGCGCGGAGCUCCGCUCGUCUUCAACAGGAAACUCAACACCUCUGAGUAUGGCUCUCUCUCCAUCAGGGUGGAGAGUCUCCCCCGGACCACCGUCAUCAGCGCCGGGCAGCACAUCCUGAUCGAAGGCGACGACGACGACAACCCGUACGUCGCCAGAGUGGUGCGGCUGUUCGCAGACGAGAGCAGCGCGCAGAAGAAGGUCGUGGUCCAGUGGUUCGUCCGGGUGUCCGAAGUGCCGCCGGGCAAACUGAAGCUGCUGGGCAGAAACCCUCACCCACAGGAAGUCUUCUUCUACGAAGGUCACAGCUGUGAGGACGAGGUCAACGCCGAGUCCGUCCUCCGACCCGUUCAGGUGAGACACCUGGACGCCGCCGCUCCGUUCCCCGUCUCUGAGGACGAAGACAUUUUCUACGUCAAACUGUCCUGGGAUUCCAGAACCUUCCGACCCGUCGACCCGUCUCUGCUGGACGCUUCCUGCACUCGCUGCCCCUCCCUCCCUCUCUCCCCGCCUCGCUCGCCCCCCACGGCGGCCCCGGCCGCCAGGGGCCCGGCCCGCCGCGGCCUGCCCGCCCCGGACCCCGCCGUGAUGCGCGGCGCCACGGCAACGCCAACGAGCAGCAGGAAGCCUGAGGCCGAGUCGCUGCACUCCCUCACCAAACUGUCGGCCUCCAAAUGCCUGAGCGCCAAGCGGCGCAGCGCCACCCAGAGGACGCCGGGCGUCCGCAAGAAGCUGCAGCUCAGCAGUCCGGACGAGCCGGCGGCGCUCAGAGACGACGUCCUGCAGCAGCUGCUGGAGGCGGAGCUAGAGGCGGGGGGGCGGUCCGCCGCCGCCGCGUCCCCCUCUGAGCCGCCCCACAUCACCCACAGCCUCACCCCCCUCCGCAGGACCAGCAGGACACCCGGUCGCCACGACGACGUCCCCCUGACGCCGCGCUCCGUCCGGCGCCGGGAGUCUCAGAGCGAGACGGACAGUCCGCAGGCCGGGGACAACCGCAGCAGCCGAACCAGCACCAGGAGGAAGGAGGUCCAGACUGGGACGGAACCAGUUCUGGAGGUUCUAGACGAGGAGGAGGAGGAGGACGGCGCCCUGAGGGUCUCCAGGAGGAAGUCGGCUCUGAAGGUUUCGUCUCGGAUCAGGAAGCAGCUGAAACUUCUGGACGACCGGCCGAUCUCUGACGAAGACGAGGAAGACGAGGAAGACGAGGAGUUCGUUCCCAAGGAGCUGCAGAGCGGCGACGAAGAGGAGGAGGAUGAAGAGUUGGAGGUGAAGAAGAGCCGCCGCUCCUCUUCCUCGGCGCCGACUCGUACCGAGCGCAGAACCUCGGCCCGAACGCCGAGGAAGACUCCGAGGAAGGCCGGUCCGAUCACGCCGCGGACGCAUCGCCACGCCGCGCCCAGCAUCCCGACCCGGACCCAGCCGGCCCGUCGCCCCGCCAACGUCCUGGAGGAGGCCAGAGCCAGGCUCCACGUGUCGGCGGUGCCGGAGUCGCUGCCCUGCAGGGAGCAGGAGUUCCAGGACAUCUACAGCUUCGUGGAGAGCAAGGUUCUGGACGGAACCGGAGGGUGCAUGUAUGUGUCCGGCGUGCCGGGGACGGGGAAGACGGCCACGGUGCAGGAAGUGAUGCGCUGCCUGCAGCAGGCCGCCGAGCGGGACGAGAUCCCGCCGUUCGUCUUCAUCCAGAUCAACGGGAUGAAGAUGACCGACCCCCACCAGGCCUACGCCCAGAUCCUGCAGAAGCUGACGGGUCAGAAAGCCACGGCCGACCACGCCGCCGCCCUGCUGCAGAAAAGGUUCAGCAAUCCGGCGCCGAGGAGGGAGACCACCGUGCUGCUGGUGGACGAGCUGGACCUGCUGUGGACCAGGAAGCAGAACGUGAUGUACAACCUGUUCGACUGGCCGACGCGGCGCCACGCCCGCCUGGUGGUGCUGGCCAUCGCCAACACCAUGGACCUGCCGGAGAGGAUCCUCAUCAACCGCGUGGCCAGCAGGCUGGGUCUGACCCGGAUGUCCUUCCAGCCGUACUCCUUCAAGCAGCUGCAGCAGAUCGUCACGUCUCGCCUCAACAAGCUGAAGGCCUUCGAGGACGACGCGCUGCAGCUCGUCUCCAGGAAGGUGGCGGCGCUGUCGGGUGACGCCCGCAGAUGCCUGGACAUCUGCCGGCGGGCGACGGAGAUCUGCGAGCAGUCGGCGGCGGCGCUGGUCGGGAUGAGCCACGUGAUGCAGGCGCUGGACGAGAUGUUCUCCUCGCCGUACGUUGCCGCCAUCAGGAGCGCGUCGACGCAGGAGCAGCUGUUCCUACGAGCCGUCAUCGCAGAGUUCAGGAGGCUGGGACUGGAGGAGGCCACCUUCCAACAGGUGCUGGUGCAGCACCAGGCUCUGUGUCGGGUGGAGGGCCUGCAGCCCGUCGGCGUGUCGGAGGGCCUGGCCGUGUGUCGGCGCCUGGGAGCCUGCAGGCUGCUGCUGCUGGAGCCCAGCCGCCUGGGGGUCCUGCAGAGGCUCUGGCUCAACGUGAGCCAGGACGACGUGCUCUUCGCCCUGAAGGCCGACUGACCAGGAGGAGGCGCUGUUUUAAACCCGUUCCGGUUUUUCUGUGGUUCAUCCCUUGUUUUAUUAAAUGUUUCUAGUUCUCAAAGUACUUUCAUGUUUUCUGUCUUAAAUAUGCAAUAAAACUUAAA